AUGCGGAUCCAGAAUGUGUCGCAGAAGACGCUGAAGACUGUUGCUGCACGCCCUGUGCUCGCAUCGCCAUCACCAACGCACCUGUUGCACCCGCGCACCCGCGCACUGCUGCUUGCUUCGUCUACACUGCUGCAUUGCCGACAAUGCCGGCACCAGUCGUCGUAUCCUGAGCGCAUUGCCGUGCUGGGCGGUGGCAUUGGCGGUCUUUGCAGCGCGUACUUUGUCUCGAAAGAGUUUCCGCACAGCAAGAUUACGCUGUUUGAAGCGGGCAAGGAGACGGGUGGGUGGAUUCAGAGUCGCCGGGUGCAGGUGCAGGGGCACGAUGGAAAGACCGGUAGUGUGCUUUUUGAAUUGGGGCCCAGGGCGCUGAGAAAUGCGAUUGUUACUGCGGGUUUGGUUCAAGACCUCGGUCUCGUCAACGAUGUUACGUAUACGAGGAAAAGUGAGCCUGGAGCGAAGAAUCGGUUUAUAUACUAUCCUGAUCAGCUGAAUCGGCUUCCCUCGGAGCGCCCGUCGCUUGCGGACUUUUUUGCACUGUGGCGGACGGGCAUACUGAGUGGUGCGAUGGGUAUGAUUACUGAGCCGAUGAAGCCAAAGAGACCGGAUUCUAUGACGGACGAGACUGUGGGAUCGUUCCUUGCUCGAAGGGUGGAUAAGAGGAUAGCGGACAAUCUUGUCUCGGCUGUGUUCCAUGGAAUAUACGCGGGAGAUAUCUGGCAACUCAGUGCAAAAUCAUUGCUCAGUCUGGCCUGGGAGUUAGAGGGACGAUAUGGAAAUGCGCUGGGAGGUUUCUUCCGCAUGCAAAACGAGGACCCACGGCCGGAGCAGCUUACACUUGUUCACCCCCUAGAUCUGGAGCACACGCGAGCCAUGAACGAGGAUAUUGAUCUAGAACUCGACUUUGCAAGAAAUCUACAGGAGACGAGCAUGUUCACAUUAAGGAACGGUCUACAGCAGUUGGUUCGGGCAUUGCAGGAUGCCAUAGAAGCAAGGGGAAACGUCGAAAUCAAGACGGAAUCACCCGUGCAAUCUUUCAAGCCAUAUUCCAACCACGGCCAACCAGGCAUAGAAAUCGUUACUGGCAACGAAGGGUCAACAACAACGUCGACCUUUGACACAGCCAUCUCAAGCCUCAGCAAUCAAGACCUCACGCCUUCCGUCACCGUCAUGACCAUCAACCUCUUCUUCCCCUCAGCCUCGCUCCUUGCCGUCGAAGGCUUCGGCUACCUAAUCCCGCAAUCGGUCCCCUUUGCGCAAAACCCCGAGCGCGCGCUCGGUGUAAUCUUCGACUCGUCGGCCAUCAAAGGCCAAGACACGGCAUCGGGCACCAAACUCACCGUCAUGCUCGGCGGCCACUGGUGGGACGGCUGGACCGAGUAUCCGUCUGAAGAAGAAGGCGUGGAAAUGGCCCGCAGCAUCCUCAAGCGCCACCUCGGUAUCACAGCGGAACCCACGGCGCACAUUGCUAAUCUCGCGCGCAACUGCAUUCCCCAGUAUACGCUUGGAUAUAGUGAGCGCAUCAAGGAUUUCGCCCAGGGUAUCUCGGGCGAGUUCAAGGGUAGGCUGAGGGUCGUGGGGAGUCAGUUUGGGGGCGUGGGUGUCAACGAUGUUAUUGCCGGUGCGUGGAAGGUGGCGAGGGGUAUGAGGGGCGAAGGGUGGAAGAGCGCGAGUUGUGGGCUGGAUAGGGUCGUGGAUCAGAGGGAGUGGGUCGUGGUGCCGUCGAGCGAGAUGGCGUAUGUGAAGAAGGAAGGGGUCAAGGUGGGGAGCAAUGGCAUGGGAAGUAGGGGGGAGGGCGGUGUGUAAAGGGGGCUCUCAGUUGGCUCAGUUGACUCGGUUUUUGUGCGUGUGUGUGUGUAUAUAUAUAGUCUGAUGUGGUCUAGGCAGUGAAGAGAAAAAAAACUGUGAACCUUUUU